AUGGAACAGAGAAUCCAGAAAAUGUGGGCUAGAUCUGGGGUUGUCUCGGUGGUGGAUCUUUCAAAUGAUUUUUUUGUGGUUAAUUUUUCUACUAUGGAUGACUAUGAAUUGGCGUUGUUGGGAGGUCCUUGGAUGAUAUCUGAUAGCUAUCUCACGGUUAGGGAUUGGAAGCUGAAUUUUGAUCCCAAAAUCGAAGCUAUUGAGGACGUUCUGAUCUGGAUUAGAUUUCCUGAUUUACCUCUUGAAUACUAUGAUGAAAGCAUUUUAGAAGCAAUGGGCAAUGAGAUUGGUAGGACGGUCAAAGUUGAUAUGACUACCUCUCUUCAAUCAAGAGGGGGAUAUGCAAGAGUGGGAGUGCAAGUUGAUUUAAGGAAACCACUACUCCCCCUGUAUAUUAUUGGGAAUAAGGAAAGGCCAAUUACUUAUGAAGGUCUUCACCUCUUGUGUUUUUGCUGUGGUAUGUAUGGGCAUACGGAAAGGGAAUGUAAGGAGAGGAAAGGGGCAGAAGACGGGGGCUGUGGAAAAGAGAAAGGAGCUGAUGGGAUAGUUGAGUGCUUUAUAUUUGGUGAAUGGUCUAAAGUGCAGUAUAGAAGGAGACCACGAAGGUUCCCACAAAGUGAGAAAAGGGGCAAUGCUGCUGAUGGAGGGAAUGAGAUAAACAUGGGUUCUCGGUUUGCUGGCUUGAAUGUAGUGGAAGAAUCAGUGCAGGAGGAGAAUAAGGGGAAUGGUGGAUUUGCUAAGGAGUCUACACAAGUGGCAGAUAAGGUAUGGUAUAAAAAGAAAUCUGGGACAUCGAGGGAGGUUAGGACGGAGAAGGUGUAUGAAGAAAGCAAGGAGGUUCCUUCUUUGGCGAUUGCGGUCUCUAAUCAUAGAUCUGGUUUGAGUGGCAAGUUAAAGAGAAAUCUGGAGGCCUCUCAAAGUUUAAAAGCAGAAAAUAGGGAGGAAGGGAAGACUACAGCUAGCAAUGACAGUGGGAGGCUCAGUUUACAAGAGCUGGAUAUUAAUAUAGUGCAUGAGACUCCUGAGAUUGCUAGAGAAUUAUUAAUGUACAAGGAAGGUGGUAUGAGCAGAACACCUGAUUUGAAAACGGACAGUUUGUUAGAGGAAGGGAGAGAUAAGGAGCUGGAGGACAAGGAUGAGCAUUGGGCUGAGGCCGUGAUGAGCAUUGACUGA